UCUGGGGGAACUGCGGGACAAAUCGGCGCUUCAGCUGGUCUGCUCCUACACAGUCGGCGCAUGACGACGACGACGAUCAUGGUGGUGUUGAUGAACCGCAAUAGAGUCGAGCAUGGUGGAUUAAUUCUGCACCAUGAAUGACAGGUACCACAAGGCGGCCCGGGACGGCUACCUGGACCUGCUGAAGGAGGCAACUCGGAAGGAUCUCAACGCGCCGGAUGAAGAUGGCAUGACGCCGACGUUAUGGGCUGCUUAUCACGGCAACCUGGAGGCUCUGCGGCUGAUCGCGGGGAGGGGAGGAAACCCUGACAAGUGUGACAUAUGGGGGAACACACCGCUCCACCUGGCAGCUGCCAAUGGUCACCUCAACUGCCUUUUCUUCCUGGUGUCUUUCGGUGCCAACAUAUGGUGCCUGGACAACGAUUACCAUACGCCGUUGGACAUGGCCGCCACAAAGAAUCACAUGGAUUGCGUUCGCUACCUGGAUACCAUCGCCACCAAGCAGACAGGCCUCAACACGAAGCUAGUCGGCAAGAUGAAGAACAGGGCGUUUCGCGAUGCUGAGCGGAGAAUCAAAGAGUGCGUGAAGAUGCAGAAGAAACACCACAAACGCAUGGAGCGAAGGUUUCAUAAGGAGACUUCUGAAGCAUCUGCAUCAGACGUCAUGAGCUUUUCCAGUUACACAAGCAGCUCUCUCAGCCACAAGCUGCACAACUUAAAUGCUGCCACAGUCAGCGUGCCAUAUUCUCAGGCUACUCUCCACGCCACAAACCGAGGGAAGACAAAGAUUCAGAGGAAGCUGGAGAAGAGGAAACAAGGAGAUGGGACCUUUAAAAUCUACGAGGAUGGGAGGAAGAGUGUGCGCUCUCUCUCUGGACUUCAGCUGGGCAACGAUGUCAUGUUUGUCAAACAGGGGACUUACAUCAACCCGAAAGACCGCGGACGCCGUAACGUUCGCGACAUGUUCACCAGAGACAAUUACGAUGCCAUUUCCCGUGCCAUGAGCGAGCCGGACCUUCACGGGCCCGAUGUGGACUACUCUGAGAUCAGCACUGACUCAGGACAUGAUUCCCUGUUCAACAGGCCCGGGCUGGGCACCAUGGUCUUUAGGAGGAACUAUGUGAGUGGGGGGAUGUUUGACCUUGGUGGUCGCGAAGAGAACAGUACGGACCGGUCAGGCAAUAACGUGCGUUUACGCAGUCGGCUGCAGCAAUACCCGAAUGCCGAUGAAGACAGCAUCGGCAGUGCACGCAGUCUUCAGCAGAGGAACGUGGAGGAGCUGCCUUGGGAAGAAGUUGAAUUAGGGUUGGACGAUGAUGAUGAGGCUAACACGAGCCCUCUGGAGGUAUUCCUUGCCACACAGAGCAUGAGUGACUUUCUCUCCAUAUUCAAGAGGGAGAAGAUUGACCUUGAAGCACUGUUGCUGUGUUCUGACCACGACCUGAAGAGCAUCCACAUCCCUUUAGGACCAAGGAAAAAGAUCUUAGACGCCUGUAAGAGACGGCUGGAGACCAUAGAGGAUCCAGACUUCAUCGAGGACACGCAACUAUAAUACAAGUUGUGGCUCCUCCUACUGUGUGCUCAUCCAGGCUUAAAGGUCAGUGGAGCAUUGUGAAUCUCAUGUAUGGCGAGGGAGGAUGUAAUGAUUUACCUCUCCUGGUACCUCAGUCGUAACAAAGCAUAAAGGACAUUGUCAAGAUGAAUGUGUCAAGCAAGAAGAGAUGAGUUUGAGACAAAUUCUUUACAGGAUUCUCUUUAACAGUGUCUUGUUAGCCUCAGGAGGAUCCCUGCAAAUGUAUCUGUAUUGUGGUUGUGUGGAGUCCCCUGCACUGCAUGGCUGAACAAACUGAAAGACAAUUAUCAGAGUGUAGUCCUGUGUCUAUUGCAUGCCAUGUGGCAUUGUUAACAGAGAACUGAUUGUGGGGCCGGUGUCCCCUGAAUGUGUUUUCCCCUGUGGGGUAAAUCCUACCACCUCAUGUGCCUGCAUUGCUCGUGCCUGUGCAUUUGCUUAAAAGUGUCUUUUUUCAUAAAUACGUUUGACAUUAACUUUAUUGUAACUUUAUUUCAAUUACAACAUUCUGAGCAACAUUUUCACCCACAGCGACUCAACUGUUUCCUCACUCAUAUUUCAUCUAUGUACGUGUUUACAUAUGCAAAGCCAUGUCAGUCCAAGUGUGGCUCAUUAGCAAUGCAGGCCAAUUGUUCAUUGAGAUUACAGUUCUGAAUUACUCUAGAAUGUAAAAACACAGUAUCUUUAGAUAUAAAGAAUAAAACAUUUUAUAAUACACAGUAUAACAUGUUGCAGUUCAAUAUUGUGAAUGUUCAGUCUAUACAGAUGUAUAAACCUUUGUGAACUCAUGUCAGUCUUGACAAUAUGAAAGUCUUCCAACUGUUUGUAUCCUGAGUAGUUUUUUAAAGUGUACAUUGCAUACGUUGAUAUUUACUAUCUCAAUGUUUUAACAUUUAGGUGGAUUUUAAAUCGAAAAUACUAAUGUUUUAAUCUGUAAAUUAGAUCCAUACAUUUUGUACUUUUGUACUCUUCUUACUAAAUUUCAUCGGCACAGUAGCUAAGAUUUAAUAUAUGCACCAUAAACUGUAAGAUGCGCUUUUAUAAUGCAGGGCAAUAGCUACCAUUAAUGAUGUUAAAGUUCAAUCAUAGUUUGUAACAUAUUGUAAAACCUUUUAUAUAUAAAUGUAAAUAUGCCUUUACUCUUUUUUCUUUUUUUUUUUUAAUAAAAGGGGGUUAAGCAGUUUCCUCAGAAAUUACCAACAGUAAA